CCACCACACACGUAUCCCCCGCCUCCUCCUAGGGUUCCGGCGAUGGCGCACGGCGGCCAGCCCCGCCGCGCCCCCGCCGCGCGCCGCCCCAAGCCGUCGGCGUCGUCCUCCGCGCCCUCCAACGACCGCAAGCGGAAGCGCGCGUCCGCCGCCAAGACCGUCACGCUCAAGAACCAGAUCCGCUCCACCGAGCGCCUUCUCCGCAAGGACCUUCCUAAUGACAUGAGGGUGGCCCAAGAGAAGAAAUUGGAAGAACUAAAGAAGCAGCAAGAACUUCAGAAUCAACUGGCUGUUCAGCGAACAGUACAGUUGAGAGAUAGAAAGAUAAAGUUCUUCGAGAGGCGAAAGAUUGAGAGGAUGAUAAGGCGCCUUGACAAACAGCAACGUACAAAUGCUGAUGAUGCCAGCAACAAGCUGCCAGCGUUGCGCGAAGAUCUCGAAUAUGUUAGAUUUUUCCCAAAGAAUGAGAAAUAUUUCCCUCUGUUCACCGGGGGGAAUACCCCAGAUGUUGUAGAAAAGAGGAAUGCAUGGCGUAAGCAGAUCAAGGAGAAUCUUAUGGCUGCUGCAGCAAAUGGAAAGGACUUAGAAGAGACAGCAAGUGAUGAUGAUGCCUUGGAUGUGAGUGAUGAUGACUUCUUCAUGUCUGGAAGUUCAAGCGAUGAAGAGGCAGAUGAUGAGCUGACCGACAAAAGUGCAAAAGAACCUGGUGGCUCAGGCAGGGCAGCGUCUGGUAUGUCAAGCGAUGAAAAGAACCAGCGGCAGAUAGAUGCUCGAGUUCUUAUGCCACCACCUCGCCCAUUACCACCAAAUAGAGCUAGAUCUGUGGAUAAACGUGCGAUGUCCAGCUCUAGCAAUGCUUCGGCCAGCACAAGUGGCAACUCGUUCAAAAACAGGAGAGCAUCAAAUGCGUCGGCAGAUCACAACAGCACUCUUAGUUCAAAUUCUGAUGCUCACAAGCCGCGUCGGAAAAGGAGACCUAAGAAAAAGAAGCAGGCAUGAAUAUUCCGAAGCUCGAGGGAUGCAUCAACCACGAAGAUCUCAUCUCACCAAAGUGUACCUCGGAGGCAUGUUAAUUUGAAAAAGAAACAAAAACCGCAGCAUGUGUGACCGAGCAAGCCGAUGAUUUUGUACGCUUGCUCUCGAUGUAAAAUGACCCUCUUUUUGUUGCUCCGCAUCCGAUUGUCGUACAGAAACACUAGCAGUUGUAAACUGAUAGCAUGCUUGUUUUUACCCGUGGAGUGGAGUAAAUCUUUUUUCACAUGAUCC